AUGGGACUGCUGUGCUGGCUGCCUCUGCUCGGGCAACUGGUGCUGCUGUGGCCCCCGGGGGCCCAGGCUGCAGACUCCAUCAGGGUCUUCGUGGUGCCCCACAGCCACAUGGAUGUGGGCUGGAUCUACACGGUCCAGGAAAGCAUGGUGGCAUACGCCGCCAACGUCUACACCUCGGCGGUGGAGGAGCUGGCCCGCAAGGAGCGGCGCCGCUUCAUCGCCGUGGAGCAGGAGUUUUUCCGGCUGUGGUGGGACGGCAUCGCCUCAGAGAAGCAGAAACACCAGGUCCGCCAGCUCCUGGCUGAAAGACGCCUGGAGUUUGUCAUUGGAGGCCAGGUCAUGCAUGAUGAGGCUGUGACCCACUUUGAUGACCAGAUCCUACAGCUCACAGAAGGACACGGGUUUCUCUAUGAAACCUUUGGGAUCCGGCCGCAGUUCUCCUGGCAGGUCGACCCAUUUGGUGCUUCUGCCGCGACCCCCACCCUAUUUGCCCUAGCGGGCUUCGAUGCCCACGUCAUCUCCCGGAUCGACUAUGACCUGAAGAGAACCAUGCAGAACAUGCAGCAACUGCAGUUCGUGUGGCAAGGGUCCCCGUCGCUGUCGGCGCAGCAGGAAAUCUUCACGCACGUCAUGGACCAGUACAGCUACUGCUCGUCAGGGUUUUAUUGGGAUGGUACAGCUGUCUUCCCGGCUCCCCCCCAGGAUGGGAUGUACCCCAGCAUGGAUUUUCCUAUCACUUCGGGCAACAUCAACCGCUACGCCAGGAUGCUGGUGGGCAACGUGAAGGAGCGGGCCAUCUGGUUCCGGACCCCGCACGUCCUCUGGCCUUGGGGGUGUGACAAGCAGUUCUUCAACGCCUCGGUGCAGUUCGCCAACAUGGACCGCCUGCUGGACUACAUCAACAGUCACGCGUUCGGCGUCUCGGUAGAGUACGCCACGCUGGGCGACUACUUCCGUGCCCUGCACGCUCUCAAUGUCACCUGGCCUGUCCACGACCACCGCGACUUCCUGCCCUAUUCCUCAGAACUGUUUCAGGCCUGGACUGGCUUCUACACGUCCCGCAGCGGGCUCAAGAGGCUGGCGAGGCAAGCCAGCGCUCUGUUGUACGCCGGGGAGUCCAUGUUCACACGCUUCAUGUGGCCAGCCCCGCGCCGGCCACUGGACCCGGCCUGGGCCCUGAAGCAACUCUGGAAGCUCCGCUGGGCAGUGUCUGAGGUCCAGCACCACGACGGCAUCACCGGGACUGAGGCCCCCACGGUGAGAGACAUGUACGUGGAGCACCUGAACGCGGGGAUGCGGGGCGUGCACACGCUGAUGGCCUCCCUCGUUCUGGACGGGACCCCGGUCCACUCAGGCCCAGAGCCUGGGGGACACUUGGCUGUGGUCUACAAUCCCCUGGCCUGGACGGUCACUACCAUCGUCACCGUGACUGUGGGCUUCCCCAGUGUCAGCGUCACAGACGAGUCGGGCCACCCAGUGCCUGCACAGGUCCAGAAGAUGCGGUCUGCAUACCUCCUGCACGUGCUGACCACAAUCCCAGGUCUCAGUUACCGGCGCUACAGCAUCAGGCCCACCAAGGGGGCCCAGGAGGACACCCAGAAGACGGCCACCAUGGUUAGCGUCUUGAAGUUUGGCCGCAGGCCAAGGACACCCACCGGGGUGGGGGGCAGCCACCUGGUGCCUGUGAAGAAUGACUGCUACACUGUGUUCCUGGACCAGGACACCAACCUGAUGCACAGCAUCUGGGAGAGGCAGAGUAACCGAACCGUGUACAUGACCCAGGAGUUCAUGGAGUACCGCGUCAACAUUGACUCCGAUGAGGCCAGCUUCUCUGAUAACUACCUGUUUACGCCCAAAGAGGCCGCGGUGCCGUCGUGGGAAGCCGUGAGAAUGGACAUCGUGGUGGGGAAGCUCAUGACCGAGAUCCGGCAGUACUUCUACAGGACAGCGAAGGCCAAGCAUCACUCAUCCACCAUCUACUCCCGGCUCGCCCACGUGCCGCGGGGCCAUGACGGGGAGCUGCUCUGCCAUCGCAUAGAGCAGGAGUACCGGGUGGGCCCUUUGCAGAUGAACCACGAGGCCAUCCUGAGGACCAGCACCAAUCUAAACAGCCACCAGGUCCUCUACUCGGACAACAACGGCUACCAGAUGCAGCGGAGGACCUACCUGCAGUAUGCCAACAACAGAAUCGCUCGGAAUUACUACCCCAUGGUUCAGUCGGCCUUCAUCAAGGACAACAGGAGCAGGCUUGUGCUGCUGUCGGAGCAGGCCCACGGCGUCUCCAGCCAAGGGAACGGGCAGGUGGAGGUCAUGCUCCAUCGGCGGCUGUGGAGCAACAACAUGUGGGCCCUGAGCAACAACCUCACGCUGGACGACACCUCGACCGUCUCCCCAGUGCUCUGGCUCCUGCUGGGACCCUGGCCCGCCAUCGCUGGCCUGCACCAGAGGAGCGGGCUGGCGCUGCAGCACAGGCCCCUGGUGCUGUUGGGAAAGCUGACCGAGACUGCCUGGAAUCGCCCAGGCCCCUGGCAGCAAGAGGCUGUGACGCUGCCCCUCAGUCUUCACCUGCAGAUCCUGAGCAUCCCCGGCUGGAACUACAGCUCGAACCAUGCAGAGCACCUGCAGAAUCUCCAGAAAGGCCAUCGAGGAGAGACCAAGGCCAACCUGCGCCGUGUCCUGCUGCGGCUCCAACACCUGUACGAGGCCAGGGAGGACCCGGUCCUGUCUCAGCCGGUGACAGUGAAUCUGGAGUCCGUGCUGCGGGGGCUGGGCUCCGUGGUGGCGGUGGAGGAGCGCUCCCUCACGGGCACCUGGGACGUGAGCACGCUGCAGCGCUGGACCUGGAGGACGCAGGAUGGCCACCAACACAGAGGUGGCUCCAGCUCUCCCUCACCGCCCCCGGGAGGCCCCAAUGUCACCCUCCACCCAAAAGAAAUCCGGACUUUCUUCAUUCACUUUCGAGAGCAGUGAGCCCUUGGCAGAGUCUG